AUGGAUGAAAAUGAUAAUAAGGGUUGUCGUAUGGCAUCAUCGAUCCCAACGGAAUCUGCUUACUCAUUGAGCAAGUCGGAUUUACCGGAAUUAAAGCAAAAUAUUUUGAAAUCAGAUUUCAAACCGGUGCAGGAUCCGUUAUCAGCAGCAUUAAAACUAAGGAAAAAACGGAACAGUUUAUUCGUUGAUUAUCAUUCAUGGCAUAUUAGCAUAAUUGAUAUUAGUAGUUUGGAUUCUUUAUGA